AGCCCAGGGCCACGUUGCUUUCGCGGUGCCGGAUACCACGCAUCUCAGCCAUGGCUUCCGCGGACUCCCGGCGGGUGGGGGAUGGCGGCGGUGCCGGGGGCACUUUCCAGCCCUACCUGGACUCCUUGCGGCAGGAGCUGCAGCAGAGGGACCCGACGCUGCUGUCAGUCGUGGUGGCGCUCCUCGCGGUGCUGCUGACCCUAGUGUUCUGGAAGUUCAUCCGGAGCAGAAGGAGCAGUCAAAGAGCCGUUCUUCUUGUUGGCCUUUGUGACUCCGGGAAAACAUUGCUCUUUGUCCGAUUGUUAACAGGCCUUUACAGAGACACUCAGACUUCCAUCACUGACAGCUCUGCUGCAUACAGAGUCAACAAUAACAGGGGGACUAGCCUGACCUUGAUUGACCUCCCUGGCCAUGAGAGCUUGAGACUUCAGUUCUUAGAGCGGUUUAAGGCUUCAGCCAGGGCUAUCGUAUUUGUUGUGGAUAGUGCAUCCUUCCAGCGAGAGGUGAAGGAUGUGGCCGAGUUUCUGUAUCAAGUCCUCCUUGACAGUAUGGGUCUGAAGAACACACCAUCAUUCUUAAUUGCUUGCAAUAAGCAAGACAUUACAAUGGCAAAAUCAGCAAAGUUAAUUCAGCAGCAGCUUGAAAAAGAACUCAAUACUUUACGAGUCACCCGUUCCGCUGCCCCCAGCACACUGGACAGUUCCAGCGCUGCUCCUGCUCAGCUGGGAAAGAAAGGCAAAGAAUUUGAAUUCUCACAGCUGCCCCUCAAAGUGGAGUUCCUGGAGUGUAGUGCCAAGGGUGGAAGAGGGGACACCAGCUCUGCUGACAUCCAGGACCUGGAGAAAUGGCUGGCUAAGAUCGCGUGAUGGGCAGAUCCAAACACAAGACGUGACUGUGUGUGUGUGUGACUGACAGUUUUGGAAAAGGACAUGGUAGUCUGAAGUUGAUAAAGACGGAGUGCAAAUGUAGUUAGAAACGUUUCCCUGUUCUGGAAACAAAUUAUUGUUAAAACUAGCAUGGAAUUUUUUUUUUAGGUUCAUUUCUCCCUUAUUGCUCUCAAGCGAGUCACUUUUAUUUGACUCACGUGUCUUCUCUUUUUAAAGUGAAUGUAACGUCUCUCUAGCAUAUGCUUGAUGUAAGGUAAACGUUUAAUGAAAGGAAUGCAUGCAGAGAGCAUCUUAUCAUAAGAGUAUGGAAUCAUCUGAAAAGUCUUCUUAUCCUCUGCUUUGGUGCUUUGGUCCCUUUUUCCUGAAAACAGACCUGUCUGUGUAGGGAACCAGUUGAUUUCCAGUUGUCCUUGACAUUCACGGGCAGUACAUCAUCUAGUCCUCUGUGAAUCCUCAGAUUUGUAGGUGCAGUUACGGUAUCUUCUCCCCAGGGGAGGGUAGAGCUUAGUGGUAGAGUGUGUGCCUAGCGUGCACGAGGUCCUGGGUUCAAUCCCCAGCACCUCCGUUAAAAGAAAGAAAUAAAUUUAAAUAAAUACAUAAAUAAAUCUAAUUACCUCCUCCUUCCAAAAACAAACAAACAAACAAAAAAUAAUAAUUUUAAAAAAUGUAGUCUCUCGACAUGUGAAGACAGGUAGAAGGCAGCAGAGCUGUGUUGAUGAUGGUCUGUUCUAAGUCAGCUCAGUGACUGGUCCACACUCCAGCCUCAUAGCACGCUGGUUUGAAACCCAUGUUGUGAAUCCUUGGAGUCACUCCCAGGUGAUGGAACUGUAAGUGCUAAACCCCCAGAUUCCAAGGAUCUAGCAUGUUCUAGUGGUUUUCCUUCACCGGGGAAUUGAUGGAGGUUUAGAAGCUGUUUUGUUUUUCUAAAGGCAUGAGGGCUCCUGGGCUGUCUUCAUGUGCUGUUUGAUGAGCUACAGUUUUGUCCUCUGAGCUUGACUGCCGUGGGACAAGCACAAAAUGAAAAAAGUCCUCUAGGUGUUUAAAGUGCUGACGGUUUAAAAAAAAAUGUCAGCCUUUUCAAAGUGAUGUGCUUUGCUGUCUUCUUAAACGUGUGGCUUUUUUUUUAAUGGCUUUUAUAAGUGAUGAAUAUAUUUCUUGGUGAAUAAAACAAGCUGUGUGGCUCAAAGCAACUGAAUGGAAUGGAAUGGUAUGGUGAGUACAACUGGGAGCAUGUGUUAGGAUUCAGGUUCCCUUCAAGUUUCCGGGGCCUGAGAUUGCAGCAUACCUGGGAUCGAACUCUCUAUUCCUGCCUCACACACUCAGGGACAAGCCAACUAAAGCUUAAAGGGGGACAGGUGGCUGUGGAUAAGGGCGAAGCUAGUCCCUGUGAGAACAGUGCAGGAAGCCAUGAGAGGGGAGGCAGAGGGCACCCCAGGAGUUGCACACGGCCUCGAGGGAUGGGGAGACUCAGGGAGAGAAGCAUGGAGUCGAUGACGUCCCAGUGAGUGUGGUCCCCACAGGCACUAUGGCCCAAGCCUCUGCCUACUGUCACCCCUCCCUGUGCUGCGAAUGGGGGGCCGCUGGCCGCCGCCUCCCCCGCCCCCACCCCCGCCCCCUGCAUCACACACCUUGCGGCCGGAGCAUGAAGUAGACACAGGCCGACCUCAGGAUGUUAGACUCCUACCCUGGCAGGGUUAGCGGGAGGCCUCUGCUGCCAGUGUUCUUACUGUCCCUUGGAGUCUAUUCCUGACCUUUUAUUAUUAGCCAAGUAGUAACUUAAGGAAGUUGGUAAGAAUGGUGAACCAGAAACCCAAAAGGAAAGUGAUGAAUGUGACGUGUUCACAUAAUCAUAGGACGUGCUCACAUGAAUAAAAAUCGAUGGCUUGAUGCUUCCGUUAAGAG